AUGGUCUCCAAGCUCACCAUCGCUUACUUGAAGUAUCUGAACUUUGAAAAGGUAGAGUUGCGAGCAUUCACAGAGGUUCUUGGUGAGACAACACGCGAUGACAAUUGGCACACGCGCGCCGCAACGCUGCGAUACAUCCAGGCUUUGAUUUACCAUCACGCUUUUACCAUCGAUUCGGGCUUGUUCGCGAUGUUGCGCGAAUGUGUUCUCGAAGCGUUGCACGACAAGCAACUGGAAGUCGCGCAAUUGGCGUCGCACACACUGAUGAUUUUCUUGAAGGGCGUCGGCGCGGCUGAUGAAUCAACGUUGCGUGACAGAUUUCUCAAAAUCGUCAGCGUGCGACUCCCAUCGGACGCCAACUCUGAGCUCAUCAUGCACAAACACGCGGCAGUAUUAGGUUUGUCCGCGUGCGUUCUCUCCAACCCGUACGAAGUUCCCAGUUGGAUGCCUGAAGUCAUGGAGGCGCUCGGUUUCGCAUCGCUCGAACCGUCGCCGAUCAAGCAAGCCACCCAACACACGUUCGCGGAAUUCAAAAAGACUCAUCAGGACGCAUGGACCCAAACUCGCGCCGCGUUUACGCACGAGCAAUGGGAAAACGUUUCAUUAGGUUUAGAUCUCGCGCCUAGCUACAUCAUUUAG